AUGGCUGCCGUCUACAAAUCAUUAUCGAGAACUGAUGGGCAAAAGCCCGAGUUGGCGAAUAAAGGUGUCAAGAAGAACAAGCAACGGGUGUUGAUCCUCUCCUCGCGUGGUGUGACUUACAGACACCGACAUCUGCUCAAUGAUAUUGCUUCGAUGUUGCCGCACGGUCGUAAGGAUGUAAAGUUUGACUCCAAAUCCAAGCUGAACGAGCUCAAUGAACUUGCCGAACUUUACAACUGCAAUAAUGUCCUCUUUUUCGAGGCCAGGAAAGGAAAAGACUUGUAUGUUUGGCUAAGCAAGGUGCCGAAUGGUCCAGCUAUCAAAAUGCAUCUACAGAACUUGCAUACAAUGGAAGAACUGCACUUCACGGGGAACUGUCUAAAGGGAUCGCGGCCAAUCUUGUCAUUUGAUGCUGCCUUUGACAGCCAGCCUCAUCUCCGCGUCAUCAAAGAGCUGUUCCUCCACACAUUUGGAGUACCGCAAGGAGCGCGAAAGUCCAAGCCCUUCAUUGAUCACGUCAUGGGCUUCAGCUUCGCCGACGGUAAAAUUUGGGUACGAAACUAUCAAAUCAGCGAGGAAGAAUCCUCGCUGGCGCUGCCAGGCGACGAUGGCAAGAGCAAGAAACCAAAGGGCAGUGCGAGUAGCAGAGCUGGCGACACCGAAAUCAAGCUCGUCGAAAUUGGCCCUCGAUUUGUGCUCACACCUAUCGUCAUCCAAGAAGGUUCUUUUGGUGGACCGAUACUCUACGAAAACCGAGAGUUCAUUUCGCCCAAUCAACUACGGUCUGAUCUUCGCAAGGCUAAGGCUUCCAGGCACAAUGCCCGAGUAGAACAGAAUAUGGACAGGUUAUCAAGAAAGGGCGAGCUAGGAUUACGAUCUAACGGUGGCCAGAAGCGGGCCAAAGACGAGCUCAGUAACAAGUCUCUGUUUGCGUAG